AUGUCUAAUGCCAGUGAAAAACACUCUUCCAGUCACUUUCUUGAAAACAAGACCAUAGUCGUUGCGGGAGCAGGGCUUGCUGGGUCUGCUUUCGUUGUCGGCCUUCAGAAACUAUGGAAUUCUAAACUCAGCCAACCAAACAUCAUCAUAUAUGAACGCGAUGCACAGGAUGUGGCUGCUCAGAGGGAGACGUAUAAUUUGUCCUUGACAGGAUAUGAUGGCUCGGGUGGCCUCGUUGUGCUCAGAAAUCUCGGCCUACUCGAUGAAAUCUUGGAACAAGCUGCGGCCGGAGUCGAUGGAGCUGGCUCUUUCAAGAUAUGGGAUGCGAGGUGGAGAGAACAGGUCUCUUUCACUAGAAACCCCGUCGCUGGGAUUCCAACAACCAGCAUUCGGAUUGCUCGAGAGGAUAUCCGUCAAGUCCUUCACAACUCAUUCCGUCUUAAUGAUCAUUGUGUUAUCAACUGGGAUUCACAAUGUGUUUCUGCCACCCAACUCCCGAGUGGUCGCCUAAGAGUGCGAGUAGUUCAUGGGAAUGGCGACGAGAGCGAGCCAGAGUGUGAUCUCCUUAUAGCCGCGGACGGGGCGAGCAGUAAACUACGACAAAGCCUUCGCCCAGAUGACACUCUUCUCUCCAAUGGCGCAGUCCUCAGAGGAGGAAUAGCGACAUUCAAAGAGUCUCUUCCGCAGCCACUGAGUGAGGACUGGGGCUUCGUCGUCUCACGCACAGGUGUUUCGGCCUUCUUUUCCCCCGUUGAUAAACACAGAAUCCUCUGGACGAUUGGGCAGAAGGAAAAUCAGGUGCCCAGAAUGGAUCGCGGAUCAUUAGCUCAGGCGCAGGCUGCCAUAGACAAGAGCUUGGAGCUUGGAUCACACAUCCCUGAGCCUUUCUCGAGCAUCGUCAAACGGACAGACCCCAACACAGUUUUGCUCUUGAACUCGCGAGAUAAGAUGCCAUUUUAUCAUGACGACGUUACAAAAAUACCUGCCAUCUUUCUUGGUGAUAGCAACCAUGCAUUGAGCCCGUUUGCAGGAACUGGAGGCAAUUUGGCGCUGGCGGAUGGAUGGGAUCUGGCAAACCAGAUCUGCAGCCAGAACAGUUUAGAGGAAGCAAUCAAAGCAUACGAUGAGUUGAGUGUACCCAGAGCAGCGCGGUUUAUCAAGCGAUCAAGACGACUGAUAGAGGCUGCUCAUGACACCGGCUUGCGAUACUAUCUGUUUUGGUGCAUGUUGUUUGUGGGCAAGUUUGUGAGAUGGGUCUUGUAUAAGACGGGGAACUGA